GCAACGGUCCGGAAGAUGUCGCUCAGGCCAGUCCUAAAAAACUUCCGCCUUAAGUUGUAAAGAAAACAUAGCAGCUAAAAGGCAAACGACGGCGUAACCAACCCAUUUAAGAAGUCAGACAAAAGGCUCUCAUCAUUCUGGAGUGUGUGUGGAUUUCAGAGUGUGUGUGAGUGUGUGUGGGUGAGUGUAUGUGUGAGUGUGUGUGAGCUGCAGAUUUCUUCCUCACCUUUUCAUCGCGAGCUGCUCCUCCCUGGAGGAUGACAAUGGAGGAGAUGAAGAAUGAAGCGGAGACAAACUCCAUGGUAUCCAUGACGCUGUACGCUGUAAUGUACCCCGUUUUCAAUGAGCUGGAGAGGAUCAACCUAUCAGCAGCUCAGACGCUCAGAGCAGCCUUCAUAAAGGCGGAGAGAGAGAACCCUGGUCUGACUCAGGACAUCAUUAUGAAGAUUUUAGAGAAAAAGAACGUCCAAAUCAACUUCACUGAAUCCCUACUGCGCAUGGCAGCCGAUGAUGUGGAAGAGUUCAUGAUUGACCGGCCUGAGCAGGAGUUCCAGGACCUAAACGAGAAGGCCAGGGCCCUAAAACACAUCCUCAGCAAAAUCCCUGAUGAGAUCAAUGACAGAGUACGCUUCCUACAGACUAUCAAAGACAUAGCCAGCGCCAUAAAAGAGCUCCUGGACACAGUCAACAACGUCAUAAAGAAAUAUCAGUACCAGAAUCGCAGAGCCUUGGAGCACCAGAAAAAGGAGUUUGUGAAAUACUCCAAAAGUUUCAGCGACACCCUCAAAACAUACUUCAAAGACGGAAAGGCGAUAAAUGUCUUCAUCAGCGCGAAUCGGCUCAUCCACCAAACCAACCUCAUACUUCAGACCUUCAAAACCGUGGCCUAGCCCUCAGAGACCACAGAGCCCCCUCCCCCUCCCCCGCCCCGAUCAAGUGGGGAGCAACUGCUAGAGAAGUGGAAGCUUGGAGAGCGCCUGACCCGUAUAUGUAAAUUAGACAGAGUUGAUUUUAGGGUUGGGGUCGAUUCCAUUGAAGUUGAUAUUCUAGUUUCCAGCUGAAGAGACUGAAAAGUGCCAUUUGUUGUUUUUUUUUUAAAAAUGAGGAUUUUCCAGUCUUGAAAUGGAACUGAACGGGCCCAAAGUGUCGCUUGAUUGAUUUUAUUUGGACAGUUUUAAUUUAUAACCCUGGUCUUGUUGGAAGUAGGAGAGGCGAGGUGUUUAUUAAAGACUAAUUGCCAUUUUUUUCUAAUAUAUUCAUGUCAACCAUUUUACUUUUAGCUUUUCAUUCAUAGCCACACAUCUCAGACUGCCUUCAGUAGGGGUGUGUCUCAGUCGUCUUUACUGGUUUUCUCUUCUCGGCUCCUUUUGUGUCAUUUUGCCAUGUUCUGUAAGCGCAGGAUUUAGCUGCGGGGAGAGGAAGCAGAGCCGGACAUUUGAGAGGCAGACUCAAAUUUCUUUUCUCUUUAUUAUCAGAAGACAGAAAGCCAAAUGACUUCUAGCACAGAGUGCGCCUUACCAAGUCCUGUAACAUUCCCUCCUCUCAGUGUAAUGAAGUGGAGCCUGUCCCCGCUGCAGAGGGACGUAGACAGAGAAUUGACAGUUCUGUAUUUAACUGAUAUCUGGUUGCAAAUGUUCAAUAAAUAGUUUCCAAAUGA